UUGAAUAUACUUAUUCAGCCGAACUGUGCCAAUGCUCGAAAACCUGUUUUGGUUGUUUAUAACCAUAAGCAGUUAAACGACGGUUGUAAAAAGAUGUAUUAGUAUUACUCGACUUAAUCGAAAUAAAACCGAAUCUAAUUCAGAUCGCCGCGAUGCCGUUUAAAUUUAAAUUAAUUGUGGCUGCAUGUGAAAAUAAUGGUAUUGCUAAAAACAAAAAGUUACCAUGGAGCAUACCUUCAGAGACCGCUUAUUUUCUUCGCAUCACCGGCGAGGUCAAAGAUAAAAACAAAAAAAACGUGGUGAUCCUAGGCCGAAAAACUUUUGAGGACAGUCCUUGGAAACCGCAUCCGCAUUGUAUCAAUUUCGUCCUAUCUAGGUCCAACUUGGACGUGUCACAGUAUCCAGAUACAUAUGCCUUUAAAAGCUUAGAUGAGGCUAUUAGUAAAUUGAACGAUGAUGAAUUUAAGAACAAAUAUGAGGAUACCUGGGUUCUUGGAGGAAAUGCUGUUUACAAGGAAAUAUACGGAACAGAGCAUUUUUACAGAGUCUACUUUACUCGCGUAUUUCAUCCUUAUGAUUGUGACACUUUUUUCCCAAAUAUGCCAAACACUGUGAAACUAGUUGAGGACUCCAGAGUACCCCAAGGUAUCGUCGAAGAUGCAGGACAUAAAUAUAUGGUUCAUGUAUACGAAAAUAUAAAUUUCAAAGAAUAACCUAAGGAAUUAUCUAACUUAGUAGCCAAUCAAAUAAAGCUGUACCUAAAUUGAUCUUUUCACUGUUAAUAUUUGUUUCGAGAAACUUUA